GCCCAGGGGCGGCCCUCCGGGGGCACCGGCUGCGAGCGGAGCGGCACCGGCAGCGGCCCGGCCCCCGCCCAUGCCCGCCCGGCCCCGCCAUGGAGCUCAGCCCGGCCGGGGAUGCCGUGCCCUGCGGGAAGGACAGAUUCAUCUCCAGGAAUGAGCUGCUCCUGCACCUCAAGACCUACAACAUCUACUACGAGGGGCAGAACCUGCAGCUGCGGCACCGGGAGGAGGAAGGGGAGCUGAUCGUGGAGGGGCUGCUGAACAUCUCGUGGGGGCUGCGCCGCCCCAUCCGCCUGCAGAUGCAGGACGACAACCAGCGCAUCCGCCCGCCGCCCUCCUCCUCCUCCUGGCACUCGGGCUGCAACCUGGGCGCCCACGGGUCCGUGCUGAAGCCCAGCACCCUGCCGGACAUCCAGGUGACAGAUGUGGACACUGCCACCGGCGCGGAGAGUCCCGGGAAUGGCACAGCCCCCCGGGUGGCAGAGGAGGCCCCGCAGCUGAUGCGGACCCGCAGCGACGUCGGCGUCCGGCCCCGCGGCAGCGCCCGCACGCCCGGCGAGCAGCGGCGGCUGCGCCGGCACCGCUUCUCCAUCAACGGCCACUUCUACAACCACAAGACCUCGGUGUUCACGCCCGCCUACGGCUCCGUCACCAACGUGCGCAUCAACAGCACCAUGACCACGCCACAGGUGCUCAAACUGCUGCUCAACAAAUUCAAGAUCGAGAACUCAGCAGAGGAGUUUGCUCUGUACAUGGUGCACACGAGCGGAGAGAAGCAGCGGCUGCGCGGCAGCGAUUUCCCGCUGCUGGCCCGCGUGCUGCAGGGCCCCUGCGAGCAGGUGUCCAAGGUGUUCCUCAUGGAGAAGGACCAGGUGGAGGAGGUCACCUACGACGUGGCCCAGUACAUCAAAUUCGAGAUGCCCAUCCUCAAGAGCUUCAUCCAGAAGCUGGAGGAGGAGGAGGACCGGGAAGUGAAGAAGCUGAAGCACAAAUACUCCAUCCUGCGGCUGAUGAUCGAGCAGAGGCUGGAGGAGAUUUCCGAGGGCCCCACGGCCAUGUGAGCGUCCCUGGGAUGUGCUGCACCAAAUCCCAACCCCAAAACGUUCCUGGACGGCUCCGGCCCCGAGCCAACCCCCCCGUCCCACGCCUUCAUCCCCGCAGAACCCUCGGGGGGCUCCUCCCAGCAAGGCUCUGGCUGGUGGCAGCUUCAGCCAAAACCUCAAAUCCCUGGAAAACACGGGGGAAAAAGGGGAAAAAAAGAGGAAAUCUGUGAGCAGCACCAAGGUGAGGGCUGCCAGAAUUCCCGAGCUGGAAUUUCGAGGGCUCAGGUUGGAAAUGCCCGGCGUGGCUCCCCGUGAAGGUCCUGCUGCUCAAGCAGCAAAAGAGCACAAAAAUUCCUCUUUUUGUUUUAAGAGAAAAGCACAUUCCUGCCCUAUCACCGCAAUAAUUCCCAGGUGUGGGGAGGAUCCUGUAAAUCCCAAGGCUUGGCUGAGAUUUUUGGGGGGGGUUUCACCCCGACUGGGGGCUCACGGGUGCAUUUCCAGCCCAGGGGAAGAUCCCUUUUCUCCCCGAAGCCGCGGCCCCUCCGUGCCCCGCUGUAAUUUGCACUAAUAUUUCGGGAUGGUGAAGAAAACCACGAUGUCAAACCUCUCCGGGAGCUGAAAAUGCCAAAUAGCACUCGCAGGGAUGGCUGAGGGCCUCGAGCACCUCCAGGAGAGGCAGGAGGAGGGCGAGGCAGAAAUAAAGAGGAUUUUUUUGGUUUCCAAAUCCAAUUUUCCAGCCGUGCCAGGAAAUUAUCCUGGUGAAACCAGGACCAGCCUGGCUCUGCCACCAGCACCAGCUGGAAAAACCUCUUUCCUCCCAGGCUAAACCAGCAAUACCCAUUUUAUACCUCGAUGUGAACUAAAACCUCUGACUUUCUCCCCCUUCCCUCUGAGUUUUUGCAAUGCAUCUUUGUAAUUUUUUUUUUUUAAUUUUAAUUUUUAAUGGUACCUUUUCCACCUCGAACUCACGUUGUACAGCGAGAGGAGCUUUGGGUGUGUUUGAAGGAUGAUUGUGGCACUGCUGCGUGGAUUGACGAGGAAAUAAAAUAAAGUAAAAUAAAUUAUGUAGCAACUUCAUGCAGAGUGAAA